AUGGGCAGCUUCAUGAGUUCACUCUCCUCGCUCUCCGCCACGCAGCUCGGCGCCAUCGCCAUCAGAGGUCAGGAGUCUUACUCCUUGCCUUUCGCACUCGCUGGGCUGCACCUUCUUCCCUCGCACCUUGUCUUCCCUGCGGACGUCGUGGGAAGAGGCCGUGGGGCGGUCGGGACUGGGGCCGGCGGAUGUGGAGGAGGUAUGUAUGGACAACGCGCGGACCUGGGGCAGGCGCCAACUGGGCCGGCGGAUGUGGAGGAGGUGUAUAUGGGCAACGUGCAGAGUGCGGAUCUGGGGCAGGCGCCAACUAAAUUCAUGUUCUUUCCUCCCUUCGUUCUUGCAGAGGCCGUGGGGAGGUCGGGCUUGGGGCCGGCGGAUGUGGAGGAGGUGUAUAUGGGCAACGUGCUGAGUGCGGACCUGGGGCAGGCGCCAGCCAGACAGGCGGCACUUGGGGCAGGGCUGCCUGACUCCGUGGUGGCAACCACCGUCAACAAACGGCAUAAUCCAUUCAUCUUGCUGGGGCUGGCAGACGUGUUGAAGCUUUCCUGUCGUGGGAUGACUCAGAAGAAGGCCCCGCCCCAUUCUCGUGCUUACCCCUUACUGCCUGCAGCCAUAUGCCUGGCAGCGCAGGCCAUCAUGCUGGGACUGGCAGACGUGGUGGUGGCGGGGGGAAUAGAGAGCCAUUCCUCCAUAUGUCUGGCGGCACAGGCCAUCAUGCUGGGACUGGCAGACGUGGUGGUGGCAGGCGGAAUGGAGAGCAUGAGCAACGCGCCUUACUACCUCAAUAAGGCCAGGAGUGGGUAUCGGUUUGGGCACGGGGAGAUGGUGGAUGGGGUGCAGAGGGACGGCCUCAGCGACGCAUAUUCAGAGGAUCCCAUGGGGUGCUUUGCAGAGCAGUGUGCGGAGGAGCAUGGCAUAGCGCGGGAGCAGCAGGACGAGCAUGCCACGGCCACACACGAGAGGGCUGCUGCUGCCCAUGCUGACGGCGCUUUUGACUGGGAGAUUGUGCCUGUGGAGGUGAAGGCCUCGAAGGGGAAGCAAACGAUUCUUGUUGAACGGGACGAACCGUGUGCCAAGUUUGACGCAAACAAGCUCCGCCUGCUGCGCCCAUGCUUCAAGGAGAACGGCACCGUCACAGCUGGCAACGCCUCGGCCAUCAGCGACGGGGCAGCAGCAGUGGUGUUGGCAAGCCGCCAAGCCGCCAGGCAGCACGGGCUGAACGUGCUGGCAGUGCUGAGGGGCUUCGGGGACGCGGAGCAAGCACCCAACCGCUUCACCACGGCGCCCGCCCUCGCAGUGCCCGUGGCUCUCAAGCAUGCGGGGGUGGAGCAAAGCGAAGUGGAUUACUGGGAGAUCAACGAAGCCUUCUCGGUGGUGGCUUUGGCGAAUCAGAAGCUAUUGAACAUUCCUGAGGAGCGCUUGAACGUGCAUGGGGGGGCGGUGGCGCUGGGGCAUCCCCUGGGGAGCAGUGGGGCGCGCAUUGUCGUCUCGCUGCUGGGCGUGCUCAGGAAGCAUGAGGGCCGCCUGGGAGUGGCAGCUGUGUGCAAUGGUGGUGGUGGUGCAUCCGCCCUGGUUGUCCAAGCCGAGUGA